AUGCCAUCCCGCACAGCGUCGCUCAUAUCAGGGAAGCAAAAAGCUCCAGAGAAGCCGAAGCAGAAAGAUUUGAGCGAUUCGUCAUACAAGGGGACAAUAUGGGUACUCAAGUUGUCUGCUGGCGAUUACCGGCUGAUCAUUCAAGAUGGACGGUACACCCACUCAUCGAGACUGUCGACGAGACACCAUGCUCUAGAAGUGCUGAGUCUGCUGUGCUUUCAGCAACCUCCCUAGUGACUCGUCCGACGAAGAUAACCAGAGAUUUUUCGCGACCAUCUGCGCCGGCGACCAUGACGACCAUCUGAAGACCAUCGAGGAAUGCAUGGCCAGCCGAGAAGUGCAGGCAGACAAUCGAGAGCCACCUCUUACAAACGACGAUCAAGUAGAAUCAUCGGCUCUUGGAAUAAAGACACUCGACGGUCGAUCUGAUGUGAACAAAGACCGUCAGACUGGCAUCGCGUGGGGGACGCAACAGGUACGAGACGGAAGUGUUGAUUGCAUCGACGAAGAUGAAGGAGUAUCUCUGUGCAGCUGUUGCCCUUGAGCAGUGGCAAAGGCGAGCACCAUUAUAUCGCCGUGUGGGAAGUAUCAGAGACCAACUCUCUCCCUCGUCUUGUGGGUGAGGACGUCAGCUCGAGUAAAAGUCUGUCAGUCAUUUGUCUCUGUGUGUUCCAGGAGUAACGAUGAUCUUCUCGAUUGGCGUGGACCGUGUCGGCUCGUCGUGAUUCGAUUUGAAGAUGCCAAAGCCUCCGUCAGGACCCUGUCCACUUGCAGCCGAGAAGGCAUGUGCCGGCCCACAUUCGCCAAACAUCAGAUGGGGCAAAUGCAAACUGAUCAGUCGUCAAGGGGCCUAUGAAUGUGACUGCGGCGAGCCGGACUUUGUUCCCAGUGCGGACAAAAGCCAUUGUGUAGGUAGGAGCUAAGGAAGAGUCCUCGAUCUGAAUGAAUGUUAAGGCUACCUGCCGUCUGUGCUGGUCCCAGCAACAUGCAGCAGUCUUGGCAAGAGGCUAUGCGGUGAUGGGCCACCUAUCAACGAUGCAGAAGUCGGAAGGUGUGAGGUGAGAAAUGUGCAAAGACACCAGACACACACAUUCGUUGGCUGUCGUAUCUCCAGGAGCCUGAUCAAUCGCAACGAUUUGAGUACAAGUGUCAUUGUGGUGUGCGAGGGCUUCAUGAAUGGGCAGGCGCUGUCUUUGUGCAUCCCAAACAUGGAACGCCAAUCUGCAGAGGUGAGCAGUUCCAACACUCAUUGUUGCUUAGAUUUAUGUACUGCAUACUGUUUCCGCAGCAAAGUGCGAGAGCUUGGCGGAAAGGCUGAGUGAUGAGAACCCCCAAGGAGUUGUCGACUGUCGGGGCAAGGGCAAAGAGGAUUCGGCCUUGCCGGAGGAGUUUGCGAGAGGCACAUGCAUCUUGGACGUGGAGAUGACGCAGGACGGCUCGCAGAAAUUCACGAAGCAUCAGUGCUUGUGCAGCGCCGGAUACAAGAGGAUCGUCAUCCAUGGUGCCAGCUACUGCAUAGACAUCUGCCGGGAAAACUCGUUGGGUGUGCAGCUGUGCGAGGGUGGUCGACCGGGAGGACGCAAAGGUGCUCACUGCUCAGCGAUAUUCCACUUCGCUGUAUUGACAACCGCCUUUUCGUCAGGCAACAAACUUGGAGUGUGCAAACCGCCAGAAGCAGACAGCACGAACUAUUCUUGUGAAUGCAACCCGCCUGCAAAAUACAUGGAAGAUAAUCCAAGGACACACACGGCGAUGUGCAUCAGUAUGGCUGGCUUCACACACAACGCACUUUGUCCUUUGUACGCUUUGGCGCUGCCGACUAUGCUACUGUGUCUAUCAGGUGAGUGUGGGAGCAGCGGCUCUUCACUGGCAGCCGGUCGCUUGGCAUGCAUGGGCUCUAAAGGGCUCUCGAGGCCGCGAGGAGUCUGCUAUGAAUCACCUGACUGGGAAGCGACAGGCAAGGUACGUGUGAGGGAUUUCGUGUCUCAGUCUGCAAAUUGCUAUUAUUGUUCAGUACAACUGUGAGUGCGACGCCACGCUGUACACUCACGUCGUCACAGCUGAGGGGGAGAAGUGCGUAGGUAAGACGAUCUUCUGGAUAACAAACGUGUUGUAUACAUCUUUCCUCUGUUCCAGCGCCGUGCGACUCGAGUGCAAGCGAGCAUUUCAAAGGUCUGGGUCAUUCUCUUUGCAAGGAAGGCAAUCUCGACACACAGACAAACCCAGAUUCAGAGGAGAAAUUUGGAAAAUGCAAGGAUUCGGACAACCCCGGCGAGGACUACAUUUGUGAAGAGUGCUCAGCGGCUGCAGAGCGCAUGGAUUUCCCAUUUACCCUGACUGAGAUGUGCAAACGGCUUGCCACAUGCCCGGAAUCUAAUCGCGGCUUUUGGAAUUGCCGUGCCGGCAGUGGGGAGCAUUCAGAUGAUAAUAAGUACUACAGAGGCGGUUGUUUGGUGCUUGAUCAUCCGCAGGGCGCUGUCGCCUACGAUUGCGACUGUUCGGGUGCAAACAGUGAAUUCCGCGAGUCGAAGACCCUGUAUGUCAAAGAUGAGAGCAACAGAAAAAGGCCAGUGACGUGUGCAGGUAGGAUGAGGUGAAGUGAAAUGUUCGUUUGCAUGUCCUGUAUGCCUCUGAUUGCUUCAGUCCCCUGUGAGGCCUUUGACCAUCUUGGAACAAAGCUUUGUGAGAAAUGGGGAGACAUGUAGAGGCAGCACAAAACGGCGGACGCCUUGGGCGGCAAGAAGCGAGGCAAAUGCGUGGGCAACCUGGAAGAAGAAGAAGAGCUGGUCAAGGUCAAAACAAAAGGUGAAGCGCACGAAUGAAGGAAGGACCGCACGCUUGUUCGUCCAUCGUUGCCUUAUGCGGUGUCUUCAGGCUCGUAUUCCUGCGAGUGCUUUGCCGAUUUUGCCUUGACAGAAUCGUUGAUAUGGAAGCCGAGCGCGACGGAAUAUUGCGCUGGAGCUGCAGGGUCCUGCAGCAAAGAGGCGAUGCAGCGAUGUCGCGGGCCUGAAGAAGACCGAGAGGACAAGCAAAAAGAGUGGUUCUGGGGUGAGUGUAUCCCGCGCGAUGAGUUCGGAGAGGGAGGCGAGGCAGAGAAUGAGUGUGACUGUGCAUUCUACACGACGCAUGGGCACAAGAACGGACUGGCUACGAAAGCCUUCCCUCUCGACGGGAAAUCCAACCAGCAAUGCAUCGGUACUCCUACACGAAUCAUUAUUGGUGGCACGGUCUAUUGUCAAAUGGCUGUCAUCUGCAGCUGGAUGUGAGGGCUUCGGCGACCUGCUGUGUGGAGGGGUCGACAGCGAAGAGACGCCGAUCGGCCAGCUGAAACUGCCAAGUCAGGAGGAGGCCCUUGGCAUGUGUCAGCCCGUCGCGGAGCCGGAGAGCAGUACACAAGGCUACGAGUGCGUGUGCCGUGAAGACAAGCAGGCCGUGAGGGACAUCCACAAGCGCAUACAGACGCAGAUGUGUACGGGUGAGUGGCUGACUUGGCCAGACAGAGACGGGCUGCGUGUAUGUUUGUAUGUGUACAUCAGUCGGCAAGCUGUGUACGGAGGGAUCGCCUGAAGACAAGAGCUGCAAGGGCGAGGGCGUGGCGGAGGAGUAUGUUCGAGGAAAGUGCUACAAGCUCUCAGAAAGCCUUGCCGACGAAAACAACAUGAGCGAACGAACGGGACACAUCUAUGCCCACCAAUGGCUUGGCCCAUAAAUGCAUGACCGUGUCACGUGCCUGACUUGGUCUGUCUGUCUGUCUCCCUCAGGUGACGUAUCGGUGUGGGUGUCGAGAGGGCUUCAAGGCGAUUCUUGUCAAGCAGCCCACUCCGAGGCAGUUGUGCGUGCCCACCUGCAGCGCCCUCGAGACGGGGGAGCGGCGAGGGCUCGGCCACCUGCUGUGCUCGAGCAACCUGCAGGGCCGCCAACCUGACAACAACAGCCAGGAUCACGUCCGCGGUGAGUGCGUCGACAGUGAGGACGUGCUGAUGGAAAACGGCAAUCGGGGGUACCGGUGUCAGUGCAAAGUCACCCACACCCUCAUACCCUCUGCUGACUUCACGACGGACGACCCAAGCAAUCCGAUCAGCGGCAAGGCGGAGGUCUUCGCAUCGAGUCAAAGCGAGUAUUGUCCAGGCGCCAAAUUAGCCUGUCCGCUCAAAGGCCAAACCGCCUGUCGCGGGCCUGCUGCAGCGAGCGGCGACGUGCAGUGGCUGUGGGGGGAGUGUGUGCUGCCUCCUCCAGACAAAGAUGACGGCCUCGGCGAUACCUUCGCCUGCAAAUGCGGAUUCUACAAGAGCCAGGCCAAAUUUGAGACAACCUACGACAAACAACACAACAAAUGCAUCGGUACUCGCACAAGAAUACUUAUUGGUGGCACGGUCUAUUGUCAAAUGGCUGUCAUCUGCAGCUGGAUGUGAGGGCUUCGGCGACCUGCUGUGUGGAGGGGUCGCCAGUGAAGAGACGCCGAUCGGCCAGCUGAAACUGCCAAGUCAGGAGGAGGCCCUUGGCACGUGUCAGCCCGUCGCGGAGCCGGAGAGCAGUACACAGGGCUACGAGUGCGUGUGCCGUGAGGACAAGCAGGCCGUGAGGGACAUCCACAAGCGCACACAGACGCAGAUGUGCACGGGUGAGUGGCUGACUUGGCCAGACAGAGACGGGCUGCGUGUAUGUUUGUAUGUGUACAUCAGUCGGCAAGCUGUGUACGGAGGGAUCGCCUGAAGACAAGAGCUACAAGGGCGAGGGCGUGGCGGAGGAGUAUGUUCGAGGAAAGUGCUACAAGCUCUCAGAAAGCUUUGCCCACGAAAACAACGUGAGCGAACGAACGAGACACAUCUAUGCCCACCAAUGGCUUGGCCCAUAAAUGCAUGACCGUGUCACGUGCCUGACUUGGUCUGUCUAUCUGUCUGUCUCCCUCAGGUGACGUAUCGGUGUGGGUGUCGAGAGGGCUUCAAGGCGAUUCUUGUCAAGCAGCCCACUCCGAGGCAGUUGUGCGUGCCCACCUGCAGCGCCCUCGAGACGGGGGAGCGGCGAGGGCUCGGCCACCUGCUGUGCUCGAGCAACCUGCAGGGCCGCCUACCUGACAACAACAGCCAGGAUCACGUCCGCGGUGAGUGCGUCGACAGUGAGGACGUGCUGAUGGAAAACGGCAGUCGGGGGUACCGGUGUCAGUGCAAAGUCACCCACACCCUCAUACCCUCUGCUGACUUCAUGACGGACGACCCAAGCAAUCCGAUCAGCGGCAAGGCGGAGGUCUUCGCGUCGAGUCAAAGCGAGUAUUGUCCAGGCGCCAAAUUAGCCUGUCCGCUCAAAGGCCAAACCGCCUGUCGCGGGCUUGCUGCAGCGAGCGGCGACGUGCAGUGGCUGUGGGGGGAGUGUGUGCUGCCUCCUCCAGACAAAGAUGACGGCCUCGACGAUACCUUCGCCUGCAAAUGCGGAUUCUACAAGAGCCAGGCCAAAUUUGAGACCGCCUACGACAAACAACACAACAAGUGCAUCGGUGAGUCGUGACGGAGCCUCUCGACGGAGCUUCUCAUCAUCAUGUGUGUUACUCAGCUCCCUGCAAGGGUUUUGGCGAUUUGCUCUGCUCGGGCGUGGGGGACCUAGACAAGCCCUUUGUAAAUCAGCAAGGACGAUCGCCGUCCUUAGGUAAGGAGGUAAAGAAAGCGCCUGCGCCCGCAUUUUGGUUGCCUUCAGGCCAUUGUCGAGGAUGGGAAGACGGAGUGACAGGAGACGACUAUAAUUGCACAUGCGAUCCCAACAUCGCUUACGAGCGCCCUGGUGGCCACCCUUGCACCAAAACGCCCGUGUGCAUGCCAGGGGGCUGCGACGACAAGGAGAAAGCGGCGUGCCAGGGGCCGGCAACAGACAAACGGUUUUUCCUCGGCCGCUGCUCUCCAAAGGCGCCAGAUGAUGCAGAGAGAGCCUAUGAAUGCCAGUGCGGGGCCUAUUUUAAGACAAAUGGAAUCAGUGGGAGCCCUACAGCUGACAACAAGAAAUGUCUGCGUAAGUGCUCUCUGUAGAACGAAUAAGUAAAUGUUCCGACUCGUCUGUUUCGUUGAUGUCACUUCAGCUCGAUGCAAGAGCCACGAUGGCACAUCGCCUGGUGUUGGUGAUCGGCUGUGUGGAGGGGAUGAUCUCGCAGACCUGAUGAGCCCGAAGGUCGACACCAGCAUAGGUAAAUGACGAUGCCUCUCUAGCGUCUCUGGAUGUCAAUCUUUUGUCACGUGUAGGCACAUGCGAGGACAAAGGCGAUUCAUAUGAAUGUACCUGCAAGGAUGCCGUGAGCAACCCACAUCAUCCAAUCUACCAAACCCCUUUCUGCGAGAAAAAAGCGCUUUGUGAGAAAAGCUGGAUGAAAAGGGAUUUGCUCAAGAAGGCACUUCGCAACUGUCAUGGGCCGGCAAAGAAGGGGUAAGAUGAGGUAUAACCUUUUUCUCACGUCCUUCCCUGCUUUGUCCAAUCCAUGCAGCUACUACUUUGGCGAGUGCUACAGCUACCCCAGCUGGAAAGAUCGAAAUGCGGGCGAAGCCAAGUAUGAGUGUAUUUGUGGCAAGAAUGAGGAAUACGACACUGAGUACUCAAGGAAAGAGGAGGCUACGGAGGACCAUGAAUGGCCAAAGUGCCGAGGCAAGUGCAUUUUCCGUUGGGUACCUCUAUGUCUCUGUCUCCAUGCAUGCAGCUGACUGCACCUUGGGGAGCAAGAUGUGCGGUACAGCGUCGAGCGACAAGGAGAAAAAGAAAGGAACAUGCAAGAUCGAACGAGAGAAAUACAUCCAAAAGGGGGUAAGGGAGGGAGGGAGGGACAUCCAUCCACACCACACACAGGGCUGACACCGACAGACGGCUGUCACGCUGCACUCACCGCGUGAAUUAAUGAAGAACAAUGUUUCAGGUAUACACAUGCCAAUGCGAAGGCGCAUCUAAGCAGGACCCGCUCGUUGACGAGAACACGGGCACUGAAUACUGCGAAGGUCAGCGACUUCAUAGCUCCAGCCGACAACAGUCGAUACUCCCAUGCUCCAAUCAGGUGAAUGCGACCCGCAAGAGCAUUCAGAAGGAAUCUUGAACUGCGGCGGCCCGGAGGCAAGCAACCCGAAGGCCGAGAAGCAGCCGAUUUGGCGCAAGUGUCGUGCAAGGGGCGCUGGCAAGGGAUAUCGCUGUGUGUGCGAGAGAGAAUUCGUUCGCCGAAGAGUCGUCGACAAGACCGGCAAAGAAUACGAUAUAUGCGCAGGUACACUGAGCGCAGCGAGAUUGGAACGCAUCAUGUCACUUAUCUUGGUGUUGCUCACAGGCUCAUGUGCUCUGGGGAGGUAUCUAUGUGGGGAGGUCUCAAAAUUUGACACCGAUAAGAACGGCAGUCCCUGGAACAAACUUUAUCCUCCCUGGAUAGUGGACAGUCCCAAGAAUCCGCCACGUCUGCUUAAGUACGUUGCUGCAAAGGACAGGAGAAACAACGACAUCAUCGCGCCGCCAAGAGACAUGGGCAGAUGCUAUGAGAUCAAAGAAGGCCUCUAUGCGGACCCUGACAUAUUCGCUAGGCAGUUUCCAGAGCAUAGGCUGCAAGGUGAGUGUGGAUGACGCCUGUGCAUGUUCGCCUUACUGUUCGCAUCCCUUGUUCACCAGAUGGCUACUUCUGUGAGUGCUGCCAGAUGCCGAAAGGUGGACCAUGGUAGGUGAAAAAAUAAAGAUAUUGCCGAUAAAUGUAAAAGCAAUGUCACCGCCAUGUCAGAGCGUCAGGUAAGGACAUGAACCGCGACAAACAGCCCCCCCUGAGACACCGGUACUUCCAUACCCUCCUGUGCAAAAGUGAGUGAUGAGCUUCUGCUCACAUAUGUCCCCCCACAAAGUAGCGGCUAUUCUGUGUCAGGGAAUACCUACUGUGGGGGAUCCGAAACUAAUCAACAGUGCUUCUGCAGUGCCAGCCUUGAGUGCGAGACACCAGAAGAGUGCAAAAGGAAGACUAACACAAGAAAUCUCAACCUCUUUACCAAAGAGGCGGCAGAAACCAAGAGAGGAGGCUUUGAAGGCAGCAGCUCGACUAUGGGCGGACAGAAGAAGGCCGAAGUGCCGAUUUUGACAGUCUGGACCGAUCCACACCUGGACAUGCCUGAGCUCGAAUAUGGCCGACCUGGCUACUGCUUCUGGUACGAUGACUUGAUGGCCUUUGCCCCACCGUUCAGCAAGGGGUGAGCAAAAAGCAGUACCAAAUGCUUUAGCAAAUGCUUAUCCGCCAUUCAGAUACUUCAACGGGCAACCGCUGAGUGGCGAAUCGAAGGCUGACGUAUGCACGCGAUCGGGAGACAAGGAAGACUCGAAAUAUGCUCAUGUGGAGGGACACAAUCGUGUCUCACGCCGAAGAAGUGCCUGA